UCAGCUAUUCCAGUGGGCAUCGAUGUGCAGGUGGAGAGCAUUGACAGCAUUUCAGAGGUCAAUAUGGACUUUACCAUGACCUUGUACCUUAGGCAUUACUGGCAGGACGACAGACUGACCUUCCCCUCCAGCAAUAACAAAAGCCGAACGUUUGACGCUCGGCUGGUGAAAAAGAUCUGGGUGCCUGACGUCUUCUUUGUUCACUCCAAGCGUUCUUUCAUUCACGACACCACCAUGGAAAACAUCAUGCUCAGAGUCUAUCCAGAUGGAAACAUUCUCUACAGCGUCAGAAUCACAGUGACGGCUCUCUGCUCUAUGGACUUCAGCAGGUUCCCUCUAGACACACAGAACUGCUCUCUAGAGCUGGAGAGUUAUGCAUACAAUGAGAACGACCUCAUGCUCUAUUGGAAGAAUGGGAACGAUUCAUUAAGGACUGACGAGAUUGCACUCUCGCAGUUUUUUAUUGAAGAAUUCCACCCUUCCUUCGGGCUAGCCUUCUACAGCAGCACCGGCUGGUAUAACAGGCUGUACAUAAACUUCAUCCUCAGGAGACACAUUUUCUUCUUCAUGCUGCAGACAUACUUUCCCACAAUGCUAAUGGUCAUGCUCUCCUGGGUGUCCUUCUGGAUCGACAGGAGAGCCGUACCGGCCCGUGUCUCUCUAGGAAUCACAACCGUGUUGACCAUGUCUACCAUAAUAACAGGCGUCUCAGCAUCAAUGCCUCAGGUGUCUUAUGUGAAGGCGGUGGACAUUUACCUUUGGGCCAGUUUCCUCUUUGUUUUCCUGUCGGUCAUUGAAUAUGCUGCUGUGAACUACUUCACUACAGUGGAAGAGAUGAAAAAACUUCAGAAAGGAAAGCUUCCAGUUUCCUACGACGCAACCCAGGCUAUGGCCUACGACGGCUGUUUUCACGAUGACAUAGAUGUAUCGCCUUUCCCCGAGCUCCCCACAACACCCAGCACGACGCGGACCAUCCCGCCCAGAGCCUCCUCCACUGAGCCUCCGCCCACCGAAGGCACGAGACUCUGGAGGAAACGCUCAGUCGGCAAAAACAUCAGAUUCAUAAUGAGCAAUAGCUACAUGAUUGACUCGUACUCCAGAAUCAUCUUUCCACUGGCAUAUCUUCUCUUCAACAUCAUCUACUGGUGUAUCUACUCUUGAUCGUGUAGCUUGUGUUUUUCUGACCAGUCGCCGUAAUAAAUCCAGGAUAAGCCAGUCUUAUUGCACAAGACAGUUGAACGUUGGGCCUGUGAUGGCUGUAAAAAUGAACGCUCUGACAGUAAGCACAAGUGACCUGACAAAGUGGACAGUUUGGAUUAAGUGUAACUGGAGAAAGAUCCAGAUGGCAUUUCUUAUAGCAUGUGAAGGAACGUCUUUUUGUCAUCAACUCUCAAACGCAAGGAGCAUAUUCACCUCAUUCAAGGAUAUACUGUAUAAACAGCUGCUUACCUCACUCUUGUGACUGUUGUUAUGGGAUCCAUCCAUCACCUCAGCUUUAUCUCCUAGAAUUCAUUAGAUCCGAGAGCUGAAACUUGAAACCAAGCCAACCUGCUUCAUAUGCUCAAGAAUUAUAUGAACAGGUAAACUUGUGAAUAAAUUAAAUAAAAUAACCCUCAUGCUAGUCUCACAUAGUAGGACUUUUGACUCAUUCAAUUUUGGGCCAUGUUUUUCUGUUAGAACCGCCUAAUUGAACAGGAAGUAGCUGUCUGAGUGACAUAUAAAGGGACCAAUCACAGUUCAGAGUUUCACCCAUGAUAUUUACACUACCGUUCAAAAG